UCUCUGCGGGAGGCACCUAGACCUCUGCGCUGCUCCUCGAACAUGGCCGACUCGGAGAACCGGGGCCCCGCGGAGGCGAGCCAGGCGGCGGCCGCGGAGGCGGUAAUGGCGGAAGACGGGGCAGCGGCGGGAGAUUCUGACAGCGCGUCCGGCGACUCCGACGGCGCGGUCGGCCAGACGGCUGAGGAGCCCCAGACCCCUGCAGAGAAUGCGCCAAAACCUAGAAAUGACUUUAUCGAGAGCCUGCCUAACUCGGUGAAAUGCCGGGUCCUCGCCCUCAAAAAGCUGCAGAAGCGGUGCGAUAAGAUAGAAGCCAAAUUUGAUAAGGAAUUCCAGGCUCUGGAGAAAAAGUAUAACGACAUCUAUAAGCCCUUACUCGCUAAGAUCCAAGAGCUCACAGGUGAGAUGGAGGGCUGCGCGUGGACCUUGGAGGGUGAUGAGGAGGAAGAUGAUGAUGAAGAGUACGAGGAUGAGGAGGAGGGAGAGGAGGAGGAGGAGGAAGAGCCUGCGGCGGAGGCGGCGGCGGAGGCGGCGGCUGCGGCCACAGAUGAGGGUCCCCACGCUGCAGCCUCUGAUGAUGCCAGGAAAUAAGCGGGGGCAGAGACUGCAGAGGAGAAUGACGAGGCAGAUUACAAACCCCGAUUUCUUGUCUUUUGUUUGUUUGUUUGUUUUAAACACAUUGGUGGACGUGAAAAGGCUCAGGCUGUGGACCAAAAUACAAUGUGAAUCAAUUCCGACAUUCCUAAAGUAAUAGUAAAUUGACGCAAUCAGGUUCUGGCCAGCCCGUUUCAAAUUUGAUUUCCAAUCUGAACACAUAUAGCAAAAGGUACUGAAGACGAGUUAAAUUUAAAAUGAUUUUUUCAUGAUCUCUUCUGCGAGGACUGAAGUUGAGACUUCCUAAGGGUGUCAAGUAGAUGUGAAGUAAAGAACGUCACUUUGAAACCCUUUCAUCACACUAGCAUCACACUAUGCACGGAACACCCAAGCCGAGACUGAACGUGUUCUCAGUGUUUAAGUCCUCAAUGUCUUUAAUGUUGCAUUUUUCCAGCGCAGAAGCAGCAGAACCCAAGAAAAAUCUCAUCCUUAAGACUUUGCUUUUGUAACACAGACGUUAGCUUUACACUUCAGAGGACAGUGAUGGGAUGGAGGGAGCCGGUGCUGGAGAUCAUGACGGUACUGUUAACGAGGCCCAGAAAACUGCCACUUCAAAUUCUAAAGGCUGUUGUGAAUAUUCGGUUCUGAGAAGGAGGGUGUAUAACCUGUGCAAUACUGUCAACAUAUGUGUUCAUUAUUUACCGUCUCGUGUUUACGUUUAUGUGUUUUCUUGGUAGUGUCUAUUUACAAGGUGUUUUUAAAAAAAAAAACCCCACGUUUAAGUAUUCAAUCCCUUUAUCUAGCGUUUUAAAAAUAUUAAUUUACUUGAAAAGAUGUAGAAUCUAGUAAGUUCUGUAAAGCAUGUGUAUCCAAUGUUAUGUUUGAUCCUUGUGAUGUCUUUGUCUUGUAGCUUUUAAAAUGUAGCUGUGAAAAUUACCAGAACUCUUCACUGAAGCUAACGUUUGGAAAAAAUAAAUACUUGAAGAACCAAUCCAACUGUGUGUCCCCAACCCCAGCUCAGAAGUAGAAAGGGUUUACGUUUGCUUGUGUUAGCUGUGCCUUCAUCAUUUUGCUAUGUAAAUGUGACAUAUUAAAUAUAAAAUGGUGCAUAAUCAAAUUCUACUGCUUGGGAACAGACUGUCAUACAGUAAAGGAUUUUUAGGAGGACACAUUUACUGUAGAGACUUAGCUUCUUUGUGGGUUUUGAAUUGUGUGAUCUUAAAGAAAUUUAAGCAUAAAGUUGU